AAAUAAAGAAAGUAAAGAUAUACUUGAUAGAUAUAUGAAUGAAUAACGAGAGUGGGAUGAGAUAAACAAGCAUAUAAUAUCGUUGAGUGCAGACAUUUUGUUAGUUGCAAUCGCGAUCUUCGUCCGGCAACUACGUACCGAUUACUUUAAUCGAUUGGAAGAACUUUACGAGUAUUUUUUUUUUUUCGGAAUCGAUCUUCUGUUAAUCAUUAAGAGUAACAAUGUCACCAAGAACAUUUAUUGUUAAAUUCGAUCGACCUAAUGCUACUUACUUGCCAGGAGAAAAUAUAACCGGCUGUAUUAUCAUCAUAUUGAACGAGAAAAAAAGUGUUCGAGAUUUAAAAGUACAUUUCAAAGGAGAAGCUAAUGUUUAUUGGACGACAACACGAACAGAACGAAAUAUAGACGGGAAAAUCGUGACAGUGACUGAUGUUCAUACUGCCACUGAAAAAUAUUUCAGUAUAAAACAAUCUUUGUUAAGGAGAUCACCCGAGAAUGACAGAGUGGAGCUUCCGGAAGGACAGAGCGAAUAUUAUUUUUCAUUUCAAUUGCCGAGAAAUAUACCGUGCAGUUUUGAACACGAAGUCGGAUAUAUUCGUUAUACGGCAAAAGCAAUCGUCGAUAUACCAUGGAGAUUUGAUUGGUGGACAAAAUCUGCUUUCACCGUUGUUGCUCCGUUUGAUUUAAAUCCCAUUUCGCACCAAUGUAUGGGAAUCGACGAUGAGAUGUCGAAAGAUUUCUGUUGUUGUUGCAUCAAUACAGGCUCAAUACAUGUUCGAAUAAAAAUACCAAGUUUAGGAUACGUUCCAGGACAAUUUAUAAUGAUCGAAGUGAUAUCAGAUAUAAAAUCGUCGAACAUUAACAUAACAAGAAUUUCUACAAAAUUGGAAGAAGUAAUUACAUUUCUUGCGCACGGCUCAACAAAGAGAGAAGAACUCAUGAUACAAAAGGAUCAAGACGAUGGACCAAUUGGAACAAAUCAUCAAACAAAUCUGAAACUUUAUGUUCCACCUAUUCCACCAUCUAAUUUAAAUUAUUGCAGUAUCAUUCAAUUGGAAUAUCGUCUACGUGUAAACGUUCAUGUUAGUGGCAUGCAUAAAAAGAUCGAUAAAAAAUAUCCAAUAUUUAUUGGAACAAUACCUCUAUUUUCUUCAUCAUGGACUCCAUGGACUCAAACAGCUCAAGAUAUUCAGCCAACAGCACCAACAAUUGAUCAAGAACCAUCAGUGUCCAAUCCUACAUAUCCUAUGCCUGUACCAAUACCUGGAUUUGUUGAACCACCAGAAAAAGUAACUAAUUUACCAGUAAUGCCUCAACCUAAUUUCAACGAGCCUCAAUUACCAAAUCAACCAAUAGGAUGGGAUAUACCACCCCCUUCUUACGAAGAAUGUAUGCGAAGAGCUAAUAAUAUCAAGGACGAUGAUGAUUCCAAUUCUGUUUAUGGCGCAGAUCAACCAUUUGCACCAAGAUAUCCAGUUUUCAAUCUUAUGUUACCUUAUCCACCUAAGUAAAUAAUGUUAUGUUAUAUCCGUAAAUUUAAUAAAAACGUAUAUUAAAAUACAAAUACAAAUUUAAAUUCAAGAUUAAAAUUACUUUAUUUUUAAUGUUGUAUUGACGUCUACGUGAUGUUUAAAUAAAAAAAAAAAAAAAAAAAACAUUUUUUUAAAACAAUUAUAUAGACUUGAUUAUAAUAUUAUAUAGAGUAAAUUAUUAUUUAAUUAUCAAUAUUAGUAAAGUACACUAAAGUGUUAUCGAUAUCUUAGAUGAAUGUUGAGUAAUAAAAGAUAUUCUUUAUUCUUAAUCUGUGAGUACGAAAUAAGAGAGCUGUAAUGCUUACUAUUUAAGAUUCAAUUGUCGUUAUUAUUAUUACAGUAGUAGUAAUAGUAAUAGCAGCAAUAAUAAUAAUAUAUAAAUAUAAAAUAGAUAUAAAAAAAAGUAUAGGAAAAUUACAAAAAAAAAAAAAAAAUAAUUUUGUCAAUUCUACCUGAUAGAAGAUAGAACGUAAAAACGUACUCAUAUUUUGAUUUUUGUCAAAAUAAUAUGUAAUGUAUACAUUUAAAAAGAAUAAAUUAGUUAAUUAUGUUCGUUUACGUUGAUAAAAUAAAAUAAAAAGAAAAAAAAAAAAGUGAAGGAAUUCAUCCAGCCUCGAACUUACGAUUCUUGAAUUAGAAACUUGGAUGUUUGCUAGUCUGCUAAAAAAUCUCUUUCUUCUGAAAAUUCUAAUACAUUUCUAAAGCAUAAAAUAUAUAGGAAAUUAUAAAAUUUUUUUAUAUCUAACAAUAUCAAUGAUUGAACAAGUAUUUCCUUACUUUUACCGAUAGAAUCCGAAUGUUCAUAGUUCGUUAAAAUGACCUUGAAUGAGUUAUCGUAGUUUCUCCGUCUGAUGCAUCACGAAAUGCAUUUCCUUGCGUUUGGAAUGAAUUAAAAAAUUUGAAUAUCAGUUUAAGUACACAAACCAGUAGACAAUACUUUGUGAAUUUUCUACAACAAUUCACGGAAACAAAACAAAAUAUAUCACUCAUGCGUUUGUAGAAAAUCAGUAACGCUGGUACUUAAUCUCUUUGGUCGCAAAGUUCAAAGGACGUCGCCAAUAUAUCUUUUUUUUGUCAGGAAACUUCCUCACAAAAGAUGUUGAAAACAGCAUUUACGGCAGGAAACGUAAUUCUAGAUCGACUAUAUCAAACAUGGUCUUUAUUUUUAUGCAUAAAUUAUUCUCGAAGAGUCACGUCAUUUAUUGACGCUAUUUCUUUUACUUUUUUUUUUCUUUUUCCAAAAGAAAAAUAAAGCUUAUUGAAAAAUUCGAUAAAGCCAUGUCCUCGAUUGAAGGUUCAAUCUUUAAAAUAAGACCUUGUUAAUUAAAAUUGAUAAAAAAUUACGUUUUUACAUGUUGUUGACGUAAACCAUUAUAAAAACAAUGAGUGAUAAACGUGCGUUAACUUAUCAGAAAAUGAGAAAUUCAAACACUUAACAGACAUUUGGUUAAAUCGAUUUAAGUAAUAAAAGUGGGGAUACUGAUAGCCUAGCAAAGAGUUUGCGUGCGGACAUUUUAUUAGUCACCAAAGUAAUCGUCUUCUGGUAGCUUCGAGUAAUCUAUUUUUGUUCUGCUUUACUUGACAAUCAUUUCGAAAAACUUGCAAGUUUAUACUUUUUUUUUUUUUCUUAUCAACGUUCUUCGAUCCUACAGACAAUAAGAAUGUCUCCGAGUAUGUUUGUCAUCAAAUAUGAUCGAUCUAAUGCGGCUUACUUCCCAGGUGAAAAUAUAACCGGUCGUGUUAUCAUCGUAUUAAACGAGAAAAAAAGUGUUCAAGGUAAAAAAAAACCUUUCAAGAUCAAUAAAACACAUGUGUUAUUUUUAAAAUAUAUGAAUAAAAUGAAGAAACGAGAAUAUCUAUAAAAAAAAAAAAAAAAAAAAAGAGAGAAAAAAAGAAGAAUAUUCUAUUUUGAAUUGUGUGAGAGAGUGACUAAAUAUGUACGUGUAUGUAAACGUGUAUGUGAGCGUUUAUACAGCAAGAAAGAGAGAGAGAGAGAGAGAGAGAGAGAGAGAGAGAGAACAGCCAUCGAACUUUUUAACAAUCAUCAAUUUUUAAUUAAUUUC